AUGAACGGCAUAAUUGAGAUAUCGGACAAAUCAGAAGACUCGCAACUUUCUACGAUCAAAGACAGUAUUGACGAAAUAAUAGAACUCUUACCAAAGUAUCAUACGCCAAUGAGUGCUCCAUCCGAACUUGAUGUCUUUGAAAGGAUAAUAAAGGGCCAAGUAAUCCGUCAAAACGAUAGCUCCAAGUAUUUCAAAAAAUGCUUGGAGAAAGUGAAGAUCGUCAUGACCCAUGAUAAACUGGAAAUCAUCAAGAUUUAUACCCAUUUAUCCCUUGAUGAUAUUUCACCCAUCAUUUCUCAUUGGGGAGAUACCACCUCCGAACAAGUCAAAGAUGAUGGUAAAACAAUUAGAAUGGAUUUGAGAUGGAUAGCUUGUGAAACGCCAAUUGAACAAAACAAGAUAUUCGAUACUGCUGUUGCUGAGCUUGCGCCAAAGGUUUUAAAGUCUAAAUAUUACAACGAUCAAUUGAAAACCGUAUUAGCAAGCAAAAGCGCAGUUAAAUGGCUUGUUAAAGAACAAUGAUGAUUUGGACGACGUAACUCUGAAAGGUUAUGCAAUUCCAUUGAUGACAAUAUUGGGACUAGAAUGCGAAAUAUACACCCUUAGAUUUAUAGCAAAUGGUGUAUAUGUAGUUGACGUAGUACACACAACGGUUUUUCAGUCGUCGCCAAAGUGUUGAGAGACGAUGGUUUGAAUAAUCUUAUAGAAGGCCUUUACCUAGUCAAGACAUUAUGCAUGAAGGUUAUUGAAGCUAAGAACAAGAAGAGCAAGAACGUAAGAAAGAAAAGCCACAAAAGCUAAAAGGCUUUCAUAGGUCGUGGAAGAAAAAGUAGUUCCAAUGAAACUUGACUGGCCAAGAGACUUGUGGUGUCCUCCAUUAUACGAUCUGAAUUGUUAAUGAUUCUGUUUCAAUAAAAUGUCAAUAAAAUGAAUACAAGUUUAAGC